AUGACAUCAGUGGCUGCCCGUUCUACCUCUUAUGGAACAGAAACGCCUCUCCCAGGACAAGUUUGGGAAAACGGACGUAUGAAGGAAUGUCAACAGGAUGUCAAAAAGAAAGGAGAGUUAACAGAAUUGUUGUUGAUGGUAGUCACUCGGGAAACACGUCAGGACAAAUCCGGUUACAGUGUACAGAACUCAUUGAAUUGUCCACUCUGUGAUCGAUUGCUCAAGGUAACGAAAACCAAACUGUCAUUGGGAAAUUGUGAAAAAGAAAAACCAGUUGCAGUUCUGUCUAUAAUAGGAGAGGCUAAAAAGUAUCUGCCUAAUGAGACGAUUAAAACUCAACUUAAAAGUGGUCUGCUUGAAUUAAUAAAUACAACAUAUAUAUGGAUAAUAACUGAAGGACAAGAUACCUGCAUUGGGCAAAUUGUUGAAGAAGUGAUUCGAGAAAACACAGACAAAAGUCAAUCCUGUUGUCUCCAUAAAGAUGGUAUUGCACGAACCAGUAAAAUAGAUAGAAUCACAAUACUUCAACCACAUAAAGGUAACCUAGAAGUUUGCAUUAAAGAACACUUAGAGAUCCCGUUGAUAGUUAUGCUUGUUGGUGGUGAGGAAAACUCAUUUGAAGCCGCUAUGGUGAACUUAAAGAGGAGUUUUCCUGUUUUGGUCAUUGAUGGGUCUGGGAAAGCGGCAGACUUUAUAUGUAAGGGACUCAGAAUGCGUACGAAUAACAGCAGUACGGAAUUUCAAUCUGAAUUGAUAGACGCAGCAAAAAUGCUUUAUGGUUCAAAUGAUGAAGAGGCGAAUACAAUACAAACUAAAUGUGAGGUGUUAAUAACGCAACUACAGGAUGAAAUGGCGGGAAAUUCAAAAUCGAUCCAUGUGUACUCUGUGCAUGACACAACAUACACCUUAGACAGAACAAUUCAGGAUAUACUAUUUGACGUAUUUUACUUAGACGAAAAGAAUGAAGACAAACUUACAGAUAACAUAUUACAUUUUGUUGAUUUAUGGAAUAGACCUGACAUUGCAGAGAAAGAAAUAUUCAAGUUAGAAAAUAGUAAAAUUUUGGAAAAAUUACAGAAAAAACUUUGCAUAAAAGAGAGCAAAUUAUCAAAGCUGUUCACCAAUGCAUUAAAGGACGAUAGGAUUGACAUGGUUAGACAAGUGCUCGAAUAUAUUUUGGACAGGGAACUGUAUAAAACUUUCUUAGAUCAUUCACUUGAAGGCUUAUAUGAGACCGACGGCUGCCUUGGAAAAUAUAUUUUCCCAGAAUUAAAGGAUAAAACACUUAAACAAAAGAACAUUGUGGACAUGAUUAAUGAUGCUGUGAUUAAGAUACUCGGAAGUGAAGAUAUGAAGCCCUUUGAGAAAGGUGAUGAGAUAUGUAUAAAUGAUAUUUUCAAGCACCUGUUUAUCUGGGCAGUGCUUAUGAACCGCAGAAAUUUGGCCAUGUUGUUUUGGAAGAGAGACGGUGAUUAUAUAUGUUCUGCAUUAUUUGCAAGUUCACUUGCUAAAAGGUUAGCUGAAAACGCCAGCGCUGAAGCAUUCAUGAAUGAACAGACUGCUUUAUGGGAAAGUUCUAGACAAUACGAAGACCUUGCAUACAGUGUGAUGACAGAGUUAUAUUUAAAUGAUAGAAAGCACGCUCGCCAACUGUUGGUGACAGAAGUGAAAAGAUAUAAUUCAACUACUAUUUUUGAAAUAACUGAAAAGUUCACACUGAUGAAAUUUAUGGGACAUGCUGCAUGUCAAACAAAGCUGAAUAAAAUUUGGAAAGGUCAAAUGAAAGGGGAUACAUCAAAUUUAAAGGCAAUAGCUUUUGCUGUUACUUUGCUCCCUAUAUUGAAAUGGGACAUAAUGAAGUUAGACAAAACUGCCAAGAGAGCAAAAGUCACUCAAUCGGAGAGUUUAGGUACAAAAGGCCAGGAGAACAAUACUACAUGUUCACAAUUUGUCCCUAACUGGAUGAGGAAAAUAUAUUACUUUUACAACGCACCUUUGAUCAAAUUCCUUUUUUCCGUUUUAACGUACCUGGCAAUGUUGGUGGCAUUUAGCAUGUUUGUACUGACAGAUUUACAUCCCACGGAAGAAAAAUUUCCAUCAAUUUAUGAAUAUAUUGUUUAUGCAUGGGCUGCAUCAUCUUUAACAGAAGAAAUACGGCAGGCUAUUGCAAUGAAGCACUUUCAAAGUUUCGAGUGGAGGCAACUGACCCUGAAUGCAAUGACCUGGUUCUCUUUUUGGACACUGUUUGAAUUGAUGAUGUACUGUAUGUUUAUCAUGUCUGUAAUUCUUCGAUUUACAUUGUCAGCUGUGGACUUUCAUAAUGCACGAAUGAUGUAUGCAGUAACAUUAGGAACAUUUAUCAUCAACAGCAUGCAGUUUUUUCUUGUUUCCAAACAGAUUGGACCGAAAGUUAUUAUGAUUGGAAGAAUGAUGUUCGACGUCAUUUUCUUCAUCUUGAUAUUUGCUGUAUUUUUAUUUGGCUUCGGAGUCAUUUACCAAGCAACUAUGUACCCAAAUACAGAACCUGGAUUUCCACUUUUUCAGAAUCUCGUAUAUAUGCCAUAUUGGCAGUUGUAUGGAGAAUUAUUCCUAGAACAAUUUUACGGAGCACUGCCAGAUGAUUGUACUGAAAAUGUAGAACUAUACAGUAAUGGGACUAUGGAUAGAUGUCCUUUAAGAAACCAGAUAAAUACAUUUGUACUGGCCGUUUACAUGGUAGUAACACACAUAAUUCUUGUGAAUCUUCUAAUUGCGAUGUUUUCACAUACGUUUACAAAAGUUCAAGACAACAACGAACUGGUUUGGAAAUUCCACAGAUUUUCGCUCAUUCAAGAGUAUUAUGAUAGAUCGUCUUUGGUACCACCAUUUCUUAUCCUCAGUCAUCUCAAGAUAUUUUUAUUGUACAUCAAAAAUAGAUGUACAGGUAAAAGAAAAAACAAGUUUAAAAUUACAGAAACCGAUGCCGAAAAUGAAAAAUUAGCUAUUCUACAGAAAGAUGCAGUAUACAGUCAUUUAAAUUCAUCAACUCGGUUACGAAGACGUCGGGCUAGAAAUAUGGAUGCUGAAAAGGACGGGUUUGAAGCUAGUUAUGAAAAAGACACAGAUCUAAGCUUGCAAGAACAAAUAAAUGUUUUGUCGUCUGACGUAGAUCUAAUUCUGAAGACUGUAAAACAGAUAAUGACAACAAAACAGAAUGUAUUGAUAGUAGAGGUUCCUAGAGAUAUACACAGUUAA